AUGGACAUGGCUGGCGUUACUUGGCUUCAAGUGUUUUAUCAAUUAAAGGCUGCGCCUGAAUUGGCACACGUCCGCUUCCUCGGCUUGGGCGAUGUCGACUUAUUCUUUUCUAAAGAGGGGAAGAGAUUCUCGGAUGUCUUUCACGGUGCCGUCUGGUAUCAUCCAUCCUCGACACUAUCUAGUGAUUGGAUCCGGAUACCGAUAAAGUUCUGCGGAGGGAGCGUUUUGGCCGGGAUGUUGUGACUUGCAUCUCUCGAAUUUUGGGUAGAACUAUCUACAAUACCUGAGAAGUGCAAUAAUAGACUACUCGAGUUUCUUCUGCUACAAAUCGCGCUGUCGCUCUCCGCUUUGUUACCUUCUAAAUUCAGGGUAUCAGUAGUCUGGUGUCCUAUGUAUUUAUUACCUUCUAAUCACUGUUCCGUUGUUCGACGUGGUUGUUCUUGGACUUGCGGUUCCCGCGGCGGUCGGCUUGUCCAUUUCUAUGAUCCGCAUAUACGCUAAGAUUUUGGUCAUCCACGGCGAUCUCAGCAAAUGUGGCGGAUUUUGGAAGCAAGGCUCGUCAGCUUCACGUUCUCACUCGUCCCGACAAGCAAGUACUCAAUCAACUGCGACAAAGACUGCACCUACUAGCGGAGUCGGUGUCGAACAUCAUGAGUUGUCGAAGUCGAACGCAAGACUUGAAGCGGCUUACGUUGACCAGCCUGUAGUUACGCCCUUCAAAUUUCUGUACGCGCUCCGAUGGGUGUGUGAGCAAUCCUCCACUUUGGAGGUGAGUGGAGAUGCGAAAAAUGCACUCACGGAAAGAAUCGAGAGGAGUUGGAAAAACGAUAAGUACGAUAAUGGCGUGAUUCAUAUUAUCUUUGGCUUCAUGGGCGACCAAAUAGCCCUUUACAUGUACAUCUUCAUGACCUUCCUCUACGACUGGCUUGCAGUUUGGAAAUACGUGAUGUUUCAAGUUCAUCUUUUUCUCAGGGCUAUCACCGAGAAGAUAAGCCACGCUCCAAUCGUGACCUUGUUUUUGUACCGUGCAGCGGAUGUGGCGCGACGGGGGAAUUGA